ACGAUCAAUAAUAUACAAUUCAUAUUUCUACAUGGUAUCAAGAGCCAAUCUCUAAAGAGUAGUUUUUUUUUUCCUUGAUUCUCUUCCGUCAUGAACAUCACUCCAACUACCACGGUGGUUCCCCUCACCGCCACCACCCAUUUCCCCAUCAAGCUCACCACAUCUAACUUUCUGGUGUGGAAGUGUCAAGUCUACUCCGCCCUGGUUGGUCUCGGACUAGAUGCCUAUAUCGAUGGGACGAUUCAAAUACCGGAAAAAUUCACCGACGAUGCCAAAACCCAGAUCAAUCCGUGCUACACCAUCUGGUUCCGCCAAGAUAAAACUAUUCUUAGCGCCCUUCUCGGGAGCUGCUCCGACACCAUUCAGCCAGUCAUAUCUUCGGCUACAUCUGCUCGCAACGCGUGGGAUAAGCUUAAGCUUACCUAUGCCAGUACAUCCACUACAAGAAAAUAAGGUUUUUAGCCACACAUGUAAAUGUAGGUAAAACUAUAAUUAUGUGUGGGAAAUUCGUUUUACCCACACAAAUGAUAAGUGUAGAGAUGUGUGGGUAUAAGAGCGUAGGGAAAAAUUAUCACCCACACAUGCAAUUAUGUGUGGGUAAUCGUAUUAUUUUUACCAACACAUGCAUGUGUAAGUAAUAUUCUACUAUAUGUGUCGCUAUUGAUCCAAACAAUGACAUGGCAUUCCAUGUGGAUGUUGACAUGGCUGAUGAGUUGGCAUGUGAUGUGGCAUAUGGAUGAUGACGUACAUGAUGACGUGGCAUAUGAGUUGGAUGUUUUCAUGAAAAGCACUGCCACGUGGAAGUGUUAAUGUGUGGCUAAAAAUUACAAGUAUGUGUAGCUAUUAGUACGUAACUAUGUAUUCAUAAAAUCAAUUUUUUUUAUAUCAAAUUAAAUACCU